CCCGUCUUUUUCCUCCUCUCUCUCUCUCUCUCUCUCUCUCUCUCUCCUUUUCCUUCACAUCAUUCGAGAAGCAGCUACAGAGCCUGGCCGUAGUAACAGUUGCUGUUUGUUGUGGAGAUGGAGAUCAGGGGUGGAAGAGGAAGGAGGCUCAGCAGCAGGGAGGCGAGCCCAGAGCGAGCCAGACUGGGGUGCUCGCAGCAACAGAGGUUCAUCAGGUGUUUGAGGAAAGUUCAGGUCAUAUACUAUCUCAGCAGGAAUGGGCAGCUGGAGCAACCCCACUUCAUCGAGCUCCCUCACCUCCCAAACCACCAGCUCCGCCUCCGAGAUGUGAUGGAGAGACUGACUCUUCUCCGAGGCAAAGGCAUGCCUUGCCUCUUUUCCUGGUCUUGCAAGAGGAGCUACAAGAAUGGGUACGUGUGGAAUGACUUGGCCGAGAACGACAUCAUCAUUCCGGCGGACGGCGUGGAGUACGUUCUGAAAGGCUCUGAGAUCAUCCCGGGCGCUUAUGCGCGUUUCCAACACGUCACUGCGAGCACCAGGCAGCCAAAACGACUUCCUGCGCCCCACAGACUCCUUUUGGAACCAGAAGACGACGACGAAGAAGAGGCAGCGGAAGAAGAGGUUACAGAGGAGGAGGAAGAGCUGAGAGGCGGUAAGGGCACGGGGGGUGACAAGCAUCCGAACGGCGCAGGUUACUCUCGGCUUUCCCGGGGCGUUUCGACGGACGAGAUCGAGCGAGUCGCGGCUCCGGCUAACCACCACGGGCUCACCGAGCUGCCCACCGACGACUCCUCUCCGCCUUCCUCCACCACGUCGGACAAGCCCCCCACCCACGCCCCCGGCCUCGGCGCCUCCCGGAGGUUCGAGGAGGUCGACCAGACGCCGGAACCGGGCCUGACUCGGAACUCGGUCCUGCUCCAACUCAUCGCCUGCGGGUCCGCGGCCCUGAAGGGAAGAAGCAACCCCAGCGGCGGGAUGAUCAAGGCCGCCGCCACCUCCGCCUCACCAGUUGAGGAGCGGAGACGCAACGGGCGACACCGUGGAGUGGUGAGUCGACUCGCGAGCCGGGCGGGCGAGGAGGACGAGCUGCGUCGCGACUCGGAUAACCCCCGCUUCUGUCACCCCCUGAUAGAGGACAAGGAGUACUUCAGCGGCAGCAUCGUCGAGGGUAGCAGGGGGCCGUCCGAGCCCUCUCUCAAGAAAUCCUCCUCCUACAACGAAGAAAGGAGCUCAAAGCUUGGGAUUGGUGAAGGGAAGCUGGAGAUGGGGGAGGACAGAGGAGGGGAUGUGAAAGGUAAGUGUAUCCCUGGCAGAAGGAAGUCAUCGGUCAAGCAGCAGCAGCAGGUCCAAGAGUCCAAGAAGGGAUGACGAUGAGUUAAUCUAUCGCCGUCUGUGUGUGUGCAGUGAUACUGUACUUUACUGUGCAACUUUGGACCACUGCCAUUGCUAGGAUCGGAAGCAUCCCAAAGGAUAUCUUUCUCUGGAAUCUAUGCUGGAUGCUGUUCUCCAGCAGUGUUUCUCUUAGCUAGGUCUUAGGUUUGAUGUCUGAAUCUGCCAUUAUUGCAUCCUUUCAGAAGAAUUACUGCUCAGUUCAUGCUCUCGACAGUACCCAAGAACAGUGAAUCAUUAUUGCCUAUGCAUGGGCUUAAUAGAUGGAUCCCUGCUCCUUUUGGGCAUUCAAUGGCUUUGUAUUCAUUGUUCCUCUUAAAAAGGGAGACAUCACCUUGUGUUCA